AUGACGUCACCGCCGUGGCUGCGUGUGACCAUCUGGUCGCUGGUGGACAAGCGGGUCUGUUACAUCAAGUACCUGAAGGACGUGGCAUCGAGCCUGGCGUUUAGCCCGGACGGCGAGUUCCUGGCGGUGGUGGAGCGGCGCGGCUGCAGGGACCACGUCAGCCUGUUCAGUACCAGCGCCUGGGAGCUCGUCAAGCGAUUCCGUCUGGCCGUUUACGAUCUCACCGGACGGCAGCUGGGCGAACUAGAACUUCCCGACAGCUCGCUAGGUGUCAGCGCCGUGCAGUGGUGCCCCAGUAGCCAGCUGUUGGCCGUCGCCGGCUUCGAUGAGAAGGAGGUGCGGCUGACCGGCUUCCGUCUGGACCUGGCGCUGGCCGCCGACGAGCUGGUGGAGUCGCGCCCGGUGACGCUGCGCCACCCCAGGUCGGCGGCGGACGGCUCGAAGUCGCGUCAGGGUGUCAGCCGACUCCUCUUCUCUCCGGACAACCUGUACCUGGCCACGCGGUACGACGCCAGCCCCGAGUGUGUCUGGAUCUGGAGCAUGGCCAGCCUCUCGCUGCACACGCUGCUGAUGCAUCGCAGCGCCGUCAGAGAGGUGAGCCCGUCCCGGCUCCUGUGUCAGAGGUGA